AUGGUGUUCGGGACUCUCUUCGGCUCCCGCCUGCUGCCGCGGCAGCUGUCGCUGUCCGCAGCCCGGCUGUCUUCUGGCACCACGGUGACUGCCAUGACUUCUUCUGCUCGUGCCCGUGGUCCACUUCACCUGCAAGCCGCAGGCUUCCACAGCGGCCUCCUGGGCAACACGCUCGCAAGGGCCGGCGGCGUGGCAGGCCCCCUCGUGCACCCAGCGCAGCCCGCCUUGGGCGCUGUGCGGGGCUACGGCACCCGCAGCCUGUGGAACGUGAAGAGCGGCAAGAUGUGGUUUCUCGUCUGGAUGGUCGGCUGCACGGCGGUUGGCGGGCUCAUGCAGGAGGUCAUCGGCCCGUACGUCUUCUUCCACGAGUGA